AUUAUUUUUAUUUGGAAACUGUUACUUUUAUUAUGGAGUUCAAUAGCCUACUGAUAAAGAUCAGUAUUUCUCCGUAUUGUAGUGUAGGAUUGCAGGUUACUCGUUUGAUCGAAUUCUUCGCGCUUGAAAGAGAAAAGUAAUUGAGACUAUACAAGGAGAGCCUCUUUGUUGCGCUGACAAAACAGUCCGUUGAAGAGCAUACAUUGGAGGGAUAUAGCCUAAAAAAUAACGCUGCAGCUGCUUCAGAGCGUUGUGAUCUCUCUUGUUUUCAAUGGUGAUGCUGCCUGUCGGUUACCGCUCGGAGCCUCAUCGCGAAUCAGCACUGAUGUAAACAGAUAGCUGUAACCGAUGUUAGUUGCUGAAAUCGGGCAUCAUGCAUCACUGAUGGAGAUGUCUUAAUUAUUUAUUGAUUUUUUCUUCUUCUCGGUCUCGCUGGUAACCCCACUGUGCGCGUUUUCAGUAUCCUUUUUAAUAACGCUAGUGAUGUAGCAAGCUGAACAACGCGCACUCCGCCAUUCCCCGUGGACGCUAAUAGAGUAACAUGGCGAUUUCGUUUCCGAAGAAAGGUGCAGUAAUAUCCUAAAUACACGCUGCAAACCAUCACGGUUUUUCAAGCUGUAAAUGCUGAACAUGUCCACCCCUGGUGACCUGAAGCCCCCGUGUGUGACGAGGAACGGCAUGGUCAAGCUCCCCCCCCAGCCCAACGGCUUGGGCUCUGCCAGCAUCACCAAGGGAACCCCGGCUGCCAAAAACCGCCUGUGCCAGUCUUCCUCCGUGCCCACCAUCCUGCCCCCACCCGGCCUUCCGUACCACGCUGACCCACUCCCCACCGCCGCCUCCCUGCUGGGGCCUGACCCAGACCGGAUCUCCCCUACCUCCGCCCAGCCCCCGCUCCGCAGGUUCCCCAAGCUGCUGGGAGAGGGUCAGCUGGUGCUGGAUGAGAAGGUCCUGAACCGGCUGCUGUGGUACUUCUCCACUGCCGAAAAGUGCACCCUUGCCCAGGUGUGCAAGACCUGGCGCAAGGUGCUGUACCAGCCAAAGUUCUGGGAUGCGGUGACUCCCAUCCUGCACGCCAAGGAGCUAUACAACCUGCUGCCCAGUGGGGAGAAGCAGUUUGUCAGCCUGCAGGCCUUUGCCCUCAGGGGCUUCCAGUCCUUCUGCCUCGUGGGCGUCUCUGACCUGGACAUUUGCGAAUUCAUCGACAACUACCCCCUGUCCAAGAAGGGUGUCAAGUCUGUCAGCCUCAAGAGGUCUACCAUCACAGAUGCCGGCUUGGAGGUGAUGCUGGAGCAAAUGCAGGGGCUGGUGCACCUGGAGCUGUCGGGCUGUAACGACUUCACGGAAGCAGGGCUGUGGUCGGGCCUGAACGCGCGCCUGACCUCGCUGAGCGUCAGCGACUGCAUCAACGUGGCGGACGACGCCAUCGCCGCCAUCUCGCAGCUGCUGCCCAACCUGGCGGACCUGAGCCUGCAGGCCUACCACGUGACCGACACGGCCAUGGCCUACUUCACCGCCAAGCAGGGCCACACCACCCGCACCCUGCGCCUGCACUCUUGCUGGGAGAUCACCAACCACGGCGUGGUCAACAUGGUGCACAGCCUGCCCAACCUGACCGCCCUCAGCCUGUCCGGCUGCUCCAAGAUCACCGACGACGGCGUGGAGCUGGUGGCCGAGAACCUGCGCAAGCUGCGCAGCCUGGACCUGUCCUGGUGUCCGCGCAUCACCGACGUGGCGCUUGAGUACAUCGCCUGCGACCUGCACAAGCUGGAGGAGCUGGUGCUCGACCGGUGUGUCCGGAUCACUGACACAGGGUUGGGCUACCUAUCCACCAUGUCGUCCCUCCAUAGCCUGUACCUGAGGUGGUGUUGCCAGGUGCAGGACUUUGGGUUACAGCACCUGUUUGGCAUGCGGAGUCUGCGCCUUCUGUCCCUCGCAGGGUGCCCCCUGCUGACCACCACUGGCCUAUCAGGUCUGAUACAACUGCAGGACCUGGAGGAGCUGGAGCUUACCAACUGCCCUGGGGCUACCGCCGAACUCUUUAAGUACUACUCCCAGCACCUGCCCCGCUGCAUGGUCAUCGAGUAGCGCCAGGGCAGCCAUAGCGCCAAGACACAACAAAGCCCAUACCCAAAACUCCCUCCUUUGGUCAAAAGAAAAACAGAAAGAACAAAAAAAUGUGGAUUUCACUCAAGAACGUGAGGGGGCCCAUGAAAAAGGACACACGAGACGAGGAGAACGUAAGCAGGACUGCAGAAAUGAUUAGGAAGAAAAUUCAACUAAUAAAAUCUCAAAAUAAUAACCACAGUGGUGGGAUGCUGAAAGGAAAAGAAGGCCUUGAUGGAGUUUUUUUUACAUUUAUUUAUUUUAUUUAUUUAUUUUUUAAAUAAAAUGGGGAAAGUGUUGAAAUGUGGUUUAGAAGCCUGCUAGAUUAACACAAUCUCAACUUGCAUACAUGCGUGCACACGUAGUGUAUGAAGCAUAAAACUACUCAUGAAACUUCACUUUGGUGUGACAUCAUUCCAUGUUCUUUUAUUUUUAAAAAGAAAAAUAUUGAAAUAAAAAGGAAAAGGAGGAAAACACAUGGACCCUGGAGAGGGAUACUUCUUUGGAGGCCGCGGUGUGAGUGAGGAAGAGGACACAUUCACCUGACGGGAUUUAGAGGCAUUCACUUCAGUACAUUCUGGAAGCAGUGGCUUUUUUUACAUUUCUGUGUCUUAAAAAAAAAAAAAAAAAAAAAAUGCGAAAGACAUAAAACGUUUACUUGAACGUAAGUAGAUUAAAAAAAAAAGCUACUUUAGAAGUUUUCUUUGUGUAAAAUAAGCUGCACGUAUUUACCCGCUUGUUGUCAUGCAAUUUCUUUUUUUAAAUAUUAUUUUUUUAAAUAUUAUUUUUUGAUUAACAGAAUAAAAACAAAAAAUUCAAAGGUUGUUGUUAAGCGAGGUUUGCUGGAAGAAGUGCCGGCCUUGUGUCGAACGCUUUGUUUUCGUUUCGGACGGUUUUGAAAGUAGCGUUUGCUGGUUCUCAAGGGUCAGAAGAGGAUUUCCAGCACAAAGGAGAUUAUUCUUUGCAGAGAAGUCUACAGGAUUGACUCCGGGAUGAGGGAAGCCAUGUGGAUGUAGGAGAGAGGGGAUAUUAUGGUUGCAUUUUGCUUAUCCUAAGGGCCUCGAUGUAUAUAUACCAGAGAUAAGUUUGUCCAACUUGACCUUUUAAGAAAAAGAGUUUAUUUUCAUUCCAUGUUUUAAUGUCAUGUAAUGUGGUUGCUUGUGCACUGGUUGCAAUCUCUAUCCUAUUUUAAAGGAAGGUGAAAACAGUGAAAUAUACGUCCUUGUAUGUUCCAUUUGGCUGCUAGCGGCGACUUUAGUGGGAACCAAUUCCGGUCAGUUCAGUGUGAGAAACUGUACAUUACCAGUUGUGGCCAAUGAUUUGGCAAUAUGAUCACAAGAUUGAAGCUGUACAGCUGAAUUU